GGAUGUACUCUCUUGGUUUCAUCAUCUAAUAAUCAAAAACCCUAAUUUCCUAUUGGAGUUUGGAGGCACUCGAAGCCCUCCCCUAUUCUUCUCGUAUCAAGGUGCUCUCGUUGAGAGACAUGACUGACGCAUCGUCCACCACGCAUGAACUCGAUUCUAGGGUUCGCGAGAUGGGACACGCCAUGGUGCAGAUGCAGAGAGAUUUGGAAUUCAGGUUCGAGAGGCUUGACGGGGCUCUGGCUACGAUCCAAACUGCCGUGGCCGGCCUCCAAGCAGGCGGCGGUGGCCGAAUAAGGCGGCACCCAGAUCACCACGAAGGCCCUAGGGGCGGCGGGUUCCAGACGCCAAAACCUAAGCUAGAGCCGCCCAAGAGCGACGGCACAGAACCCCUGCGAUGGUUGUAUCAAGUGCAGGAGUAUUUCGCCUACUACGAAACACCUCCGGAGGACCGGUUGCGAUGCGUCACCAUGAUGCUCGAGGGACUAGCAGCCGAUUGGUUCCGAUGGCGAAGGAAUAACGGACUGCUCAGAGAUUGGGACGACUUUGUAGCAAAAUUCAAGCUCCGGUUCGACCCAUUGCACUACGUAGAUUAUGUCGGCCAGUUAGCCCGCGUGCGGCAGGUGGCGGGGGUAAUGGAAUACCAGGGGGCAUUCGAGAAGGUACUCACCCAUGUCACUGACGUACCCGAACCCUACCUUCAAUCGUUGUUUCAUGCGAGCCUGAAAAACCACCUACAACAUGAAAUUAGCCUUUUAAAGCCCGAGACAUUGUCGGAGUCUUUUGCCUUGGCCCGGGAGUUGGAGGCCAAACAUCAGGCCAUCGUGCAAUCGGUAGGGAUGAAGAGCGCAUCAUGGAGCAACAACUUCACGCGUAAUAGCCCCAAUCGGGCAGCAACAGAAGCAUCGGUGGGGUCCGUCAGCAAACCUAAUCCGACGGGAGGUGGACCCAAAACCCUGUUAGAAGGCCGAGAGACCUCCACCUCACCACCCGUCAGACGACUCACCCGCGCAGAACGAUUGGAGAAGGACACGAAAGGGCUAUGUUACAAUUGCGACCAAAAGUGGCACAAGGCGCACAAAUGCGGACGGUUUAUCCUGAUCAUGGGGGAAGACGAAGGAGAAGAGGAGGACAGCGAGAAGGAGGAAGAGAUUGAGGUGGCAGCCGAUAUUUCAAGCCUGAAUAGUAUGGCAGGCGUCACCACUCCGCGUUCGCUGCGAUUGACGGGGAAGAUUGGACAACAGGGGCUGGACGUACUCAUUGACGGGGGGAGCACGCAUAAUUUCGUACACCCCCGCACAGUGGAGAAACUUGGACUGAGCCUCGAGGCAGUAGCGGCAUUCCGGGUGUACGUGGGGAAUGGAGACUCAUUACGCUGCACUCAGCAAUGCCGAGAAGUGGAACUUGAGCUGCAAGGAACGACAUUUAAAGUGGACCUCUAUGUCCUUCAAAUACACGGGCAUGACAUAGUCCUCGGUGUCCAAUGGUUGAGGGGGCUGGGGCGAGUCUUGCACGACUACGAGCGGGUGACGAUGGAGUUCGACUGGGGUGAACAAACGGUCACCCUACGGGGAGAUGCCGUACUCCCAAAGCAAACCUCCCUCCACCAUCUGCGGGAAUUGCACACCCGACACGAGGUUGAUGCCGGGAUCAUCAUCAUGGAAAUACAAGCCGGGGUAGCAACAGAAGAAGGGUCCGGCGUGGAACAGGAAGGGAUACCGAGGGAAAUUGCAGAACUCUUGGAGCGAUUUGAAGAGGUGGUCCAGACUCCGGAUCAGCACUUUUACAUCCGAAAACUCUUGGGAUACCAGUUCAAAAUAGAGUACAAACCGGGGGCAGCCAACCGCGUGGCCGACGCCCUUUCACGGCGGGACGAGGCUUAUCAAGCUGGGCAGCAGCUCCUGGCAAUUUCCUCACCUGUGCCGGACCUAAUGGAGGAAAUACGACGGGAAAACACCACCCAGCCGGACCUCGUUGCACGCCACCAGGAGCACCGGGCGCGACUGGCCGAACCCUAUUCGGUUACGGAUGGGGUCCUAUACUAUAAGCGGCGGGUAUGCGUGGGUUCUUCUUCGGCCUUACGACAACAACUUAUCCGAGAACACCACGACACCCCACUGGCUGGUCACCCAGGAAUUCACCGGACCUUUCUGCGACUGGCACAAAAUUUCUACAAGCCCCAGAUGAGGACCAAUGUCAAGGCCUACGUCCAGAAAUGCCAUACGUGCCAAACUACCAAGUAUUCUACUCAACCGCCAGCAGGCCUACUCCAACCCUUACCUGUGCCUACUCAAGUAUGGGAGGACAUCUCAAUGGAUUUCGUCACGGGUCUUCCGCCGUCUCGGGGCUACACAGUUAUAAUGGUGGUUGUGGAUCGUUUGACCAAAGUGGUCCAUUUGGAGGCAUUACCGGCUGGAUUUGAUGCCCGUCGCACAGCACAUUUGUUCAUUGACAUCGUGAAACUGGCACGGCGGUACUACGGCCCCUACCGCGUGGCAGCCCGGAUAGGGGAGGCUGCCUACCGAUUAGAGUUACCGGCGGGGUCGAGAAUCCAUCCCGUGUUCCAUGUUUCUCUUCUACGACCUUACUAUGGAACAACGCCGGAACAAGACCACAUCACACUGCCAACCGAAUUUGUGCAUGGGCAGCCCUUAUCCGAGCCUGUGAGGAUCCUCGCCGAGCGACAGGUACUAAUCCGAGGAAAGCUAGUGAAGCAAUGCCUGGUGGAGUGGACUGAUGGGGGCAGUGAUGACGCUACUUGGGAGCCCUACGACCGGCUUCGGCAACGAUUUCCCACGCUUCACCUUGAGGACAAGGUGGUUUCGCAAGCGGCGGGGAAUGUUGCGCAUGGGGUGCAUGGAUCCCAAGAUGGGGACAUGGACGAGCAGAAUAAGGCAACGGGCCGAACCAAGGACAAACGGGCCGAACCAAGGACAAACGGGCCGAAGAAGAAAAGGUACCAGCCCAAGAAGAACGUGGGCAGCCGCGAAGUCAACGUCGGAGGAAAACACCGGGAUGGCACGGUGAUUAUGUUCUAAAGUAAAUUAUUUUAUUAUUUUAUUAUUUUAUGUAAUAGAUUUUCUUAGGUGGACGUAUUAUAAGUCCCUUCAAGGGUUUUCUUUUCGGUUCUUUCCCUUGACGCCUUUUUUGAACCGACAGGGUAGUGUAGGGUUAGGGUUUCUCAAAUACUAUAAGUACGGGAUGUACUCUCUUGGUUUCAUCAUCUAAUAAUCAAAAACCCUAAUUUCC